AUGAGCGGCAGCGCUGAAGCUCCUGGAACGGAAGAGUCGUUCCAGCCAUGGCGAGACAAGGAUCCCCCCCCGGGAUUCGAUGGUGACGUGGAGAAGUUCAAGGGUUACUUGAGGGAAUUGAAGAUGUGGCGGCACGAAACUGAUGUUCCCCCGAAGAAGCAUGCUGUUAAGAUGCUAAGGGCUCUCACUGGACCAGCGAAGGCAGUUUGCAAUGAGCUGGAGGUUGAAGCUUUGCUCACCGAGGCUGGUGCUGACGCCAUAGUCGCCAAACUGAAAGAGUACUACCAGCCGCACCUUGAAACUGCUAUGCCCCGCGCAUUCGAGCGCGCAGUUUAUGGUGAGGCCAGGCGGAACAAGGAAAGCUUUGGUGAGUUCAUUGUUCGUCAGGACGCCUUGCCUGCCAUCAUGGCAGCACUCCGGAAGCUCGAGAAGGUGCAGCGAGAGCGAAGCGGCGGCAAGCACUUUCUCACCGCUGAAGAGGAGCCGACCGAAGUCCCUGAGUCCGAUGAUGAUGGUGAAUACAUCUAUCUUGGGGAGGCUGACCUGGAUCAGGUGUUUGAAGAAGAAGAGCUGACAGAGGCCUUGGCGACCUACCAACAGGUCAGACAGGCGAUUCGUGAACAACGUAAUGGCCGGGGCUAUUACCAACCGAAGGGACUUGGCAAACAGCCGGGUGGUCGCUUUGGAAAAGGCUCCAAAUCCAGUCAGACCUCCAUCAAGUUCGGCGGCAAGGGCACAAAGGUCACCCUUGGACAGUGUUUGGCCAGAGCACGAGAGGAGCGGUUGAGAUCGGCAGCCCCUUUUUCAGGCAUCACCACUAGUGGGUCGUUGGGCAUCAUAGACACGGCAGCACAAGGUGGUCUCAUCGGUCGUCCAGCACUUCGUCAUUUAGAAGAAUCGUUGAAGGGGCAUGGACUCCAAGUGGUUUGGAACGGGAAGCAGGCUCAGGCAAAAGGCAUUGGAGGGGACGCCAAGGUGUGUGGGGUCGUCGAGAUUCCGGUCGGCAUUGGCGGUGUCAACACCCUGAUUGAGGCCACAGUGGUGGAGGAUGAAGUCCCCUUUCUCCUGUCGAUCCAGUUCCUCAAGCAGGUCGGGGCCAUUGUCAAUUUGCAAGAGAGUUCAUUAGCACUCACGGCAUUCGACAAGAGCAGUCGCAUUCACCAUAUGCCUUCGGGUCACGUUGCAGUGCAAGUUUUGGAUUUUCAUGAGCAGGGCUGGCAACUUCCUGAUUUGGCAGGUGCAACCACGUCGCAAGCUCUGGCGAUGGACCUGAUCGCUCGCAUCCGCCGGCUGGAUCAAGAAAAGGUCGAAGAAUGGGAGAAGGUCUCCAUGACAGACCCCAGACGGAGCGAGAGAGCCGUCCGCAACUGGCGGGUGAUGGUGGAGCAUGUGGCCGACCUGAUGGAGUUCGUAAAGGCUCGGGAAAAGCUGGUCGCUUGGCAGCCCGUUGGAUUGGUGCAUGGCUUGCCACCGUGUUCCUCGUUUACCCAGCUGGCAUCGGGCUCAGAACCCUUCUCAUGCCUGGACGGAGCUACCCCAUCGCAGAUCACCAAGGCAAGCAUCUAUGCAGAGUUGAUUCAACUGGGCGAGUUCCUGGGUCAGAGGAAGUGCAAGGAGGCUCCAAGUUGCCACUUCAAGGCAUGCAGUCACCCACUGGCGGCAUUGGCAGGAGCGGGCAAUCAAGUGCAGCGAGAGGUGUGGCGCCGGAAGUGUCAUGCCAGGUGGGCUGUGGACUCCCGCGUGAUGGAGGAGAUCGCCGGGAAGAAGAAGGCGAUCCAUGUCAACGGCAAGAUCUUCCACCUGGGCAGCAGCAAGAAUGCGAUGGACAAGAAGGAGACACCGCCGGGCACUCCGGUCAAGACCCCAUCAGCGAAGAGAGCCAUCAAGUGGCCUACCACUCCGGGAUCCCCGUUGACUCCACCUCGGAAUGCCGAACAGCUCUCAACGCCAAAGACGGCCAUCUUGGAGUGUCACUGCCAUGAGAUUCAGAGGAGGAUGCUCCAAGAACGCGAAGAUGCCGAGAUGAGGAAGUGGGAAGAGCAGGAGGAGGCCGAUCGCCAGGAGUUGGUCCGCAAGACGAUGGAGAUGGCGGAGAUCAGGCAUCAGGAAGUCAUGGAUGCGACCCGGAGUCAACACAGCUUGGAGGUGGAGACACUCAAGAACCAGCUGCUAUGGAUGUCCGCAGUGGCGGGCGAAGCUCGAAUGGAGGAGGUGUUCAAGAGUCCGGUGCUGCAACAGGAGAUGAUGAACAAGGCCAUGGCCAUGAAGGAGGAGCUGACCAGUCAGGAGCUUCAGGCCCAAGAGGCGAUGCAGAUCCAGGGCUACAACAGUGGCA